AUUAAAUGUUUACGUUGCUCGCCUUCCUCUUGUUCUAUUUCUUCUCGCCGGCGGCGGCCGAUCUCACCGCCGACGGCUCCGCCCUAAUAGCCUUUCGCAACGCUGUCGGUCGAAUGGUGCUCCCUUGGAACACCUCUUUGUCACCUUGCAAAUGGAAAGGGGUCGUCUGCUCCAGCAACGGCGUCACUUCCCUCCGCCUCCCCGGUCGCGGUCUCAUCGGCCAAAUACCCACCGGAAUCCUAGGAAAUCUCUCCAACCUCCGCAGCCUCUCACUUCGCCGCAACGCACUCUUCGGCCCCCUCCCGUCGGACCUGGCCAGAUGCACCCAUCUCCACUUCCUCUAUCUCAAUCAAAAUCGCUUCUCCGGACAAAUCCCGCCGUUCAUCUCCUCGAUUACUUCCCUCAUUCGCCUGAAUCUCGCCGAUAACAACUUUUCCGGCGAAAUCCCUUUGUCGCUCAACAAUCUGACGCACCUUAAUUUGCUUUAUUUGGAGAGUAACCAUUUCAGCGGCGAGAUGCCCAAUAUGGAUAUCCCCAAACUAGAGCACUUCAACGUAUCGUUCAAUCGGCUUAAAGGACCAGUACCGGAGAAGCUCCGAGGUAUGCCGGCUAGCGCUUUUCUGGGCAUGUCAAUGUGCGGAGGGCCGCUUCAGCCUUGCCUGGGCGAGGCACCACUGAAGCUGACCAAUUCCAACUCUCUCUCUGGCGGCGCAAUAGCUGGAAUAGCUCUUGGCGCAUUCGCCUUGUUCGUCCUGGUUCUUGCUGUCCUGUUUUUGUUCUUCCGACGCAAAGGUAAAGCUGAUGAAGCGAAUAUCACAGAGACCCCCGGCGCAAAGCUGCCGGAGUUGGCGAUUAAGAGUAAAGAGAUGGCCGCAGCCACCGCGCCUCCUCCGGGAAUCGCGGUUUCUAAGAAGCAAUUGGUGUUCCUCGGGAACGCGCCCAGGCUAUUUGAUCUCGAGGACCUAUUGAGGUCUUCAGCUGAGGUUUUGGGGAAGGGAACCUAUGGUAUUGCGUACAAGGCGGCCCUGGAGGAAUCUUUGGUGGUGGCUGUGAAGCGACUGAAGAAUGUAAAGAUGCCGGAGAAGGAAUUUGCAGAGAAGAUUAAGGCCAUAAGCGCAAUGGAGCAUCCUAAUCUUGUACCUCUCCGAGCAUAUUACUACAGCAGGGAGGAGAAGUUCUUGGUCUACGAUUAUAUGCCACUAGGAAGUCUAUCUUCCCUCCUCCACGGAAACAGAGGCUCCCCCUCCCCUCUAAAAUGGGAAACCAGAAUCAAAAUCGCUUUAGAAACAGCCCGAGGCAUUGAAUGCAUCCACUCAACAUCUCCUUCUGCAUCCCAUGGCAAUAUAAAAUCCUCCAACGUUCUCAUUACCAGCUCUUACAGAGCUCGAGUAUCCGAACAUGGCCUUUCUCAUCUUGCUCCCUCAUCUCAAAACUUGACACCAGAGGCAGAUGUUUACAGCUUUGGCGUUCUCCUACUUGAGCUUGUUACUGGUAAAGCUCCUGCUCACGGCGGAAGGUUUGUCAAUCUUCCACGGUGGGUAGAGGAGACUUUGAUUCGCGGAGAAGGGACGAGAGAGUUGUUUGAUGAGGAGCUGACGAGGUUCAGAAGCCCGGAGGAAGAAAUGUUGAUGCUUUUGCAGGUUGGACUCGACUGUACAUCGCAGAAUCCCGAUCAUCGGCCGGAGAUGUCGUCGGUGGUGGCGAAAAUUGAGGAGAUUCGGCAUUGGGCUGCUCGGAAGAAGGAUAAACUGAAGGAAAAGGAGGCUCCGUUCUUUUGAGUAUUGAUUGUGUAAAUUAGAAUUGCUUUAGGUGUUGGCUGAAUAGAACAGAUUAACAAUUUGGAUUGUCGAUGUUUGAAUGAUUCAUUUAUUCAUUCAUUGAUAUAUUUUUUUGUAAAAAAAAAAAAAAAAAAAAUUUUGCUCCUCUGUUAAGUUUUUUUUGUUGAGCACUGAAAGUUUCAGAACUCGGUAUUGGUUUUGAUACUUAAUAAAAGUUUUAAUUUUGAUUAUUUUUGUCAGUUUUGAAUACCAUUUUAGCAUUUUACGAUAUUCCACCAAAAACGUAAGAUUUGAACAGAUAAUUGAAUGUGUUAAACUCCUCUUUCAAACUCAUUUAUUAUAUGAAAUUAUGUUCACAUAAUAUAACUAAAAUUACAUAUUAAAAUUUAAGCUACUCUAAAAUAAAUUUAACUAGCUCUUAAUUAUUCUUAGAGGUGUCAAUAAAUGGAAUUU